CCUCGACCUCCUCCUUCAGGCCGCCCUCCUCGGCGUCGGCCUGUCGCACAUGAACUCCCUCUCAUACCUCUCCCGCCAGUUCGAUGUCUUGGCCUCUACGCGUACGCCACCGAGCACCCCCACCUCCGAGGACGCCCCAUUGCUCCACGAGAGCGAACGCAACACCAGACUCAAACGGUCGGGAUCCACGAGGUCCUUCCUUGUGCCCCAGCCUUUGCAUUCCUCAGGAGGAUGGACCCUGAAGAGGUCCUAUUCAUCUCCUGCCGAGGUCAACCCGAGCACCCCGUCUGCCUCCACUUCGUCAUCUCCCCUGGGGCCGUCCAUCUCCCGCAAGUCCUCGCGCCCCCCUUCUCGGCGACCGUCUAUCUCCUCCCCGGAGAAGGCGAUCUGCCCUAACGGUGUGAGCGACUCGCCCCUGGUCAGACGUCUCGUCUUCGUGCGCAUCAUCCUCCAGCUCUGGCACGCUCUCCUUGCAGCCGUGCGCGGCUUAAUGAGGCAGGAUGCCGCAGUAACUGUGCACAUCGUCGACGCCGCCGUAGACGACAACUCAGAUGAGGAGGAGAAGGACACCGAGGACGAGAGUAGAGACGAGAAGCCACCCCUGCCGGUACCCCCAUCUGUAUUACUAGAUUCGCAGCAACCUCCGUACCAGCCCGCAAUCCCAUCCCCCCUGUCGCACCAUCCACCCGCAUCAGCACCCUCAGAGAAAGUCCCACCAAUAACGAUACCCUUCGCCGUCGUCGACUCCGACGAACGGUUGCCCUCACUUGUCUCCUCAAGGUCCCAACAUCCCACUCUUUCCACGCUGACGCCCCCAGCUUCAAACCGGUCCAGAUCAAUAACGCCUACGCCUCCCUCGAAGCAGACAACACCAUUCCAUCUACCCAAAACAUUGGUAUUGGACUUGGACGAAACGCUCAUCCACUCAACCUCGCGACCCAUUCCCUCUGCCGGCGGCUCUGGUCUCUUCGGCUUCGGCGGGCGGAAUAAGGGUGCGGGGUACACUGUCGAGGUGGUACUGGGUGGCCGAAGUACGCUGUACCAUGUGUAUAAGCGGCCAUUCGUCGACUACUUCCUGCGGAAGGUGUCGCAAUGGUAUACGCUCGUUAUAUUCACGGCCUCCAUGCAGGAGUACGCCGACCCGGUCAUCGACUGGCUCGACGCCGGUCGCGGGAUUUUGGGGCGCCGUCUCUUCCGCGAGUCGUGUACACAGCUCCCUAAUGGAUCAUAUACCAAGGACCUCUCGAUCAUCGAGGCGGACCUUUCCCGAGUCUGCCUCAUAGACAACUCGCCCGUCUGUUACAACAUUAACGAAGCGAACGGCAUCCCGAUAGAAGGCUGGACGCAUGACCCCCACGACGAGGCGCUGCUUGACCUGCUCCCCGUGCUCGACUCCCUCCGCUUCACGCGCGACGUCCGGAGCGUUCUCGGGAUCCGCGGCUUCUCAUGACCCCCGUGUCGGUCCUCGCCGCCAUCGCGCGCUGGGGCUGGGGUUGGGGACGCGCGUGAGACGGUGGGGCUGACGCCCGGCCCGCGCUUCUUCCACCCCGUACGCUAUCCGCUUUACGUCUUGGGCCCGUCGGUCGGGUAUACAGGUCUCGUUCGCUCGCCGUGUUAUUGCAGGAACUAUCGUCGCAUCUGCUAAUUAUUCCACCACCACCCAUCCAUCCCACCUACCCGCUUCCUGUCGAUUUUGCAUUCGCACCCCACACCCCAUCCCUCAUCCCGCGCCCCCUCACUCUCCCCCUCACGUCGCUUUCAGAACCCGGUCCUUUGAUCAAUGAUGACAACGCAUCGUCCACGUCC